ACCUAAUGAACCUUGAUAACUUUUAGCGGCUGUAUUUUGUCCUCUUCUACAUUCUCUACUAUAAAUAAUUGCCGUAAACAAGAUGAGUUACAAUGAACCAUUAUCCAAUUAUUCAGCAGUCCAAUACUUGAAGAAUCACUGCGAUUCAGAUUCAGAUAACUCUUAUAGCGGAGAAAGUGAAUUAAAUGAAGAAUAUGAGCGUCUUUUACCACCACCAAUUCCUAAACAACAAAUUAAAAGAAAUUCAAUUCGUAUACGUGAAUAUCGAGAAGUGAAAUUACCAUCCAAAAAAACGAAAAAGAAAGUUAACAAUCAGAAGAUCAAACUACAAAAACCAACUACGAAAUCGUCAAGUAUUAAUGAGAUAACUCCAAGAUAUCAACAGACAAAAUCUCAUUAUGUACCGACAUAUUCAUAUUUACAUUAUGAUCAAGAUCUUUAUUACACUUGGCUACUACAAGAUCAAGAAAUAAGAUAUACCCCUAUUAAUGUAGGACAAAAUAAGAAGAAAAUUAAAUCGUACAUGGAUAAAAAGAACGUUGUGAAUUGUAUCGGAGUUGAUUUAUUAAGUGGGUAUUGUUUGAAUCACUUCCACGUUCCUAAAAAGCAUAAAUCGGUCAUAAUGAAAAGAUCUUUUUAUAUAAAUCUGUGCUGUUUGCUGAUUAAUAACGUUUUAGGUGACUAUUUUUAUUCAAAAACUAUUUAAAUCAUUAAUUUUUUAAUAAUUUAAUAAAUAAAUCAAAUUGAUAGUUUGAAUAAGAGAUGGCGCUUUGUUUUAAUUUGAAUAACCCGCAACAGAUGGCGCUCUAAACUAAAUCUAAACGUAGUAUUGAUUUUAAACGCGCUUCCUCUUCGAAGGGGUUAAUAAUAAUUAAGUUGUAAAUCAUGGAAGAAGCGGUGGUUAAUCUUGAAAAGCAGAUGCAAAAAACCGAUGAGAAGUUAGAUGAUUUGGCGAGCCAAGUAGGUGACAUAACCUCGGAUUUGCUCUCGGAAGAAGAUAAAGAAAUCGAAGUUUAUACUUUAUUGAAGUCGGUAAACGAGGUGAAAUCGAAUUAUCAGAGUUUACACAGAGAUAUUCAAGAGGUGCAAGGAUUGCAAAGGGAGUUAAGCGGCCAACUUCACGCGCAAUUGAAGCUGAUGCAGAAAAAGUGUAGCCAACUGAAGGAGAAAAUAUCAGUAGUAAAAGUGCCUCCUAGUAAUAGUAAAAGUUGUUGCGAGGGUUCGAAUUCGACGCGAUUUUUGAUAUCGCCCGACACGACAGGCUCAAAAUACGAGUGAAAAGCUCGAAAAAGAAUUUUUUUGUUACAUUUCGCUGAUUGAAUUAAUGCUGUUGCUAUUUUAAUAUUAUUGUUGGUAUUGUUGGUGUUUUUAUUUUUGUUUUGUUUGUAUGGCUCGCUUUAGGCGUGACGUUGGCAACAACCAAAAUAUAUCCGGUAAACGUCAGCAUAGCGCGCCAAAUUUAAAUUAAAAAAAUUCAACAAAAAAAAAAUGUUUAAAAAAAUUAUUUUAUUUUUAAUUGUUUUUGUUAUUGCAUGAAACGAUUAUGAUUAAGAAAGUUUUGGUUAAUGCACUGGUUUUUCAGAACGUACACGAAAAAAACGAGUGGUAAGUAAUUUUCUUUUAGCAAUAAUUAAGGUAAUCUAGUCAAUUUUAAAAAUCUAACGAUUUUUUGUCAAUAAAUAAUGUGGGAAGCACAAAUAUUUAAAGAGAUUAAAAAUUUUAAAAAUUAGUGUUUAGAGCACAAGAAAUGAGUAAAUUAAAAAGGAAAGACUUUGAAGUAACCUUAAAGACUACGAAAUGAAAUAAUUGUUUUACUUAGAAAUGACAGAAAAUAUAUAUAUUUGACCAAUCACGAUUAAA